GACUCACAGCCACGACACAUUGUUUCAUAAUGGGCUCAAAGCCUCAAACCAAUUUACGAUCUCAACUUAACAAAUGGUGAAAUGGAAGGAGAACCAGGUGAAGAAGAACACCUACUCCUAUUCCCAGCAACACCCGCCGCCGCCGAAAUCCGCCGGAAAAUAUGCUCUGGCGGAUGCGACCGUCCGGUGAAGGUGUGUUUGUGCGAGAAAAUACCGCGGGAACCAAUUCCAACCACCACCCAAAUAGUAAUCUUACAACAUCCUCACGAGCAACGCCAAAAGCUAGCAACAGUUCCAGUCCUCAAAAAAUGCCUCGAAAAUUGCGAAAUCAUUGUUGGUCGGAGACUUCGCAGAGGUCAUUCUCCGAUCCUCGAUUCACUCUACCAGGAAUCUAAAGAUUCAGCAGAUUCCACCCCAGUUUGUCGCGCUGUUUUUCUGUUUCCAGGCACAGAAUUGAUGCCUUCAAUAGAAAUAAAUGAGUGGAGAUCAUCAUCGAAAAGAGCGUGCAUAGAUGGGUCUGUUCUGAUUGUAUUUGACGGUACUUGGAAACAUGCUAAGGAAAUGAUGUUUGCAAGUCUUCCAUUUAUAUCGAAGUUUGCAACUCGUGUAUGUUUUGGUUGUGAGUAUGAGGUUGAUGGUGGGAGCAUAUAUGAUUCAGAUCUCAUUCUGAAGAAGGAGCCUUUUAAAGGGUGCAUGAGUACCAUGGAAGCUGUUGCUCGAGCUUUGGGAGUUCUUGAGACAUCUGGGGUAGAAAUUGAAGCAAAGCUGGUUGAGGUUUUGAAAUCAAUGGUUAGUCUACAGGCCUGCUACUUAAAGCCUAUGAAACCGAGGAAAAAGUUGUUAGGGAAGGGUAUGGUGCAGAAGACCAAUAUAGAAGCAGCAGAUUGAAGCAUGAGGACCGAGGAGAGGUUAGAUAACAUGGUUCUUGAAUGCUAGUGGCAAAACCUUGUAGACUCUUUCGUUGCUAGAAAAUCAGAAUUGUGUUUCAUUUACUUGAAAGAUGACUUCGAAAGUGAUUGUUGCUGCAAUUCAGGAAAGCGAUACUGUUACUCAUGAUGGUUUUGAUAGAGAAGUCACAGGAUUUUAACAAGUCGCUGAGCGUGGAUUUCACUAACCCAUGAGGAAUACCAGUGGCAGAGCGUGGUUUUCAACAAUAUAAAGAAGCUAGAAAUUUAGAAACUUGAUUGAUUGUUUUAGCACACAUUUCAAGUGAGUAUUGUGAUUUCACAAUAAGUGUUCCAAAAUCAUUUGUUAGAAUUUAUGAUACAAUUACCGUAGCACCUUUUAUUUUACGGUAAAUCCAAAAUUUUGGCAAUUCAAUAGGUACUUCAUACUUGUACGCAGUUCACUCGAGCGAAUGAUAGUGAAGGGAAUAGAAAGUAGCUCAACUUUGUGUUCUGUUCUA